GGGUCCCCAACUUGUAAACGAGGCCCUGCCUGUGAAGGUGGAGGAGGACGAGGACGAGGAGGAAGAGGAGGUGUAGAAGAAUCGGGGUGGAAAUGUGAGGAUGGUGACGACGACGACGAUGAUGAUGUUGAUUUGAAAUCCAAGCGUACCCAGCGAGCAUUGUUCGCUCUGUCGCUUCCUCAUUUUGCUCCUCACUCCUCGUGGUAGGAUGCGAUUUCUCGUCUCGUGAGGACGAUCUUGGAGCACAGGAAGGACGCACAAGGAUCGAGAGAGGGAGAGGGAGAGAGAGAGAAUGGAGGGGACAGAGAUGGUGCCUGCUCAUCCUUACCUGCCCACUUCGUUGGAGCUGCCGGGAUUCCAUCCCGCGCUCAUGAGCCAGAUGUACAUUUUGGGUACCUAUGGUGGGGCUUCUGCACUCGUUGUGCUCGCUGUCUGGCUCUUCUCAGGAAGGUUAAGGACAGCAGAUAGGCUUCUGAUGUGUUGGUUUGCUUUCUCGGGACUAACGCACAUCAUUCUUGAGGGUUACUUUGUUUUCACGCCCAACUUCUUCACAUUCUCAAAACCUCAUCUAUUGGCGGAAGUCUGGAAGGAGUACAGUAAGGCUGAUUCUCGCUACGCUGGACGUGAUCCCACAGUUGUGGCUGUAGAGGGUAUCACCGCAGUUCUUGCUGGUCCGGGUUGUCUCCUUGCAGUAUAUGCAAUUGCAGCCAAAUCAACAUAUGAGCACACACUUCAGGUGGUGAUUUCAAUUGCACAGCUGUAUGGAGACAUUGUGUACUUUGCCACAGUGGUAUUGGCUGGAGUUGAGAUCUGUGCACCCGGACCGGUUUACUUCUGGUUUUAUUUCAUGUUCAUGAACGGCAUCUGGAUAGUGGUUCCCCUCCUCAUUACCAUCCGUUCCUGGAAGGCAAUCAACGUUGCGUUUGCUAGCACAAAGAAGAAGAUUGCCUGAAUGUAUCAGGCUUAAACUUUACCAUAGCUUUGCUCGAACAGGAUUCUGAGAUACACACACAUACGUGUGGCAGCACAUGGGAAAUUAUGAAAUCGUCUUAUUACCCAUGUGUUUGGAACUAAAUGGACUGUGUGCACUCCCAACUCUUGGUUUCGUUGGCGUUUCUUUUUAGGUGUUGGUGUACUUCUAAUUCUAUUUACUUUGGAAUGAACAAUGCAUGGCGCAGCUGAGCUUCAA